AAACUCAACAGGUGAAAGCUCAAGGUUUUGCCUUAAUGGACUGGACCUUUUCGGCCCGAGGAAAUGGGAAUGCUUGAAAAUCGAAACCUCUUUGUAUAAAUAGGUUUGGCUGAAAUCUGAGACCAGAGUCUGUGUGUCUUGGAAUUGCUCAGAAACCAUGUCAAGCCAUUGCUGCAGCCACAUUUCUCCUUCUUAUCAGGUAAUACUCAAUCCCUAACUUUUCAAAUCCCCCAAAAUAUUUAUUGAUUCUAAUUAACCCCAUACAAAUCACCUCCUAAAACCCUAUAAUGUUACUGACCAAACCCACUUCCAAACCCCUGAGAAAGCUACUCUUCCCUUAUCAAAAUUCAAUCUUGUCCUCCUUGUACCGGCCCCAAAACCCUGCUUACACACACACCCAGAAAUCCAACUAUGUUAAUGUCUACAUGAAAUGGAAGAAAGACUCAUACUUUGACUCCAUUGAGCACAUCGACAAGUCCAUAGUGCUUAAACCCAUCAUUAACCUCAAGAACUGCAUUACUGAAGAUCCCAAUGGCUGUAUCCCAAUCUAUGAAGUGUCCAAAAAGGGUCUUCAAUUAGAUGUACCCAUGAAGGUUGCCAAGUUUUUGAGGAAAUACCCAUCAAUCUUUGAGGAGUUUGCUGGUGAAUACAAUCAUCCCUGGUUUAAAUUGACCCCAGAAGCAGCUGAGAUUGAUAGGGAGGAGAAGAGGGUUUAUCAGGAUUGUAGGGUGGAUUUGAGGUAUAGGCUGAAAAAGUUGAUUUUGAUGAGCAAAGAAAAGGUUUUGCCUCUGAAAAUUAUUCAGGGGAUGGAGUGGUUUUUGGGUUUGCCUGAUGAUUUUUUGCACUACCCGGAAAAGAAUCUGGAUGGGUCUUUUCGGUUUGUGACAAUGGAAGAUGGGUUAGAGGGAUUAGCUGUUGACAGUGGUGAAAAGGUCUUGUCUGCCAUGCAAAGGAAUGCAAUGAAAAAAGGGGUGUAUUCUGGAGCUCCAACAGAGGCAAUUGAGUUCCCGCUUUUCCCUUCCAAGGGUUUGAGGUUGAGGAACAAGAUUGAAGAUUGGUUAAAGGAGUUUCAGAAACUUCCCUAUGUUUCACCUUAUGAGGAUUUUUCACAUUUACUGCCAGACACUGAUGCAUCCGAGAAACGAGUUGUGGGGCUUCUUCAUGAGUUGCUUAGUCUAUUUGUUGAGCAUUCAGCAGAGAGGAAGAAGCUUAAGUGUCUUAAGAAGUAUAUGGGACUGCCGCAGAAAGUGCACAGAGCAUUUGAGAGACAUCCUGGGAUUUUCUAUUUGUCAUUUAAGAACAAGACUUGUACGGUAAUUCUUAAAGAGGCUUACUGUGAUGAGUCUGCUAUUGAGAAGCAUCCACUUUUGGAAGUGAGGAAAAAGUAUAUUAGAUUGAUGAGGGAGUCGGCAGUGUUAUUGAAGAAUAGGAGAGUGAAUGGCCGGUUGGCUGGUGGUGGGAAUAUGGAGCUGGAUUUGGAUUUGGAACCUAAGAUUGAAGACAGAGGAGAUGGAGGGAAUACAGAGGUGGACUUGGAUUUGGAUUCUGAGAAUGACCAAAGAGAUGGAGAGUGUUCUCAGUAACUGGUUUUCCUAUGAUAUGCAUGUCCAUGAGAAUUUAAUAUUGCAACAUCUAUAGCAAAGGAAUAUAGGAUGGAGCUCAAUGACAACCACCUUAUGUGUUUUGACUAUGAAUAUGAUUUUCUUUUACAGAGGUUUGAAAAAGAGGUGAAGAAUCAGAUGUUAUGUUUUUAAAUGUAAUUUUUGGUUCCUCAUUUCUAUUGAUUUUUGGAGUUCUGGUUGAAAUUUGAGAUGGAAGUGUAAAUGAUUAUAAUUUAGAUUAAUCAAUUGCAAUAUAGUUUCUGAGGAUAUGGUUAUACCCUUUACUAGGUAGCUUGUCGGAGCAGAGGGGGUGUUCUGGAAUGUUAUACAAGCACUUCGGUGAACUUUGAUCAGGAUGUUGUUCGCUGGGGUCUCCAUCCGCUCUUGGAUUGCACUCAUUUGAAUGAUUGUUCCCAUAGUACUGUCACUUGAUUUGACCAGGACUUUAAUCAAGUAUAAUGUGUUAGAGAAAGGUUAUGUUGAGCCUUUUAUUGUAGAGAAUGAUGAGGUUAUAGCUCAUGCCUUACAAGAACAGCCAUCUUGAGUUGCCUCCAUGGAGAUGCCCUUUGCAAGCAUAGAUUCUUGCACAGGAAUGACUUGGUCCUUUAAACAGAUAGAAUGGUUCUGGCAUUGAAAACAAUAAGGAAGCUGUGAAUGAUUUUGGCAGAAAGAUGGACACCAGUGAUUAUGGAAAUCAGGUAAAUGAGGCAGAUGGUCCUAUAGGUGAAUGGAAACGAGGAAGCAAAUAAUCAUAGUGAAGGAGAAAACUUGAUCAAUGGAGGAAUACUUGUUCCAUUCAUUGGAUAUUAGUCAUGUACCAGAUGAGUAUGCUGUUGAUGGUGAAGUAGGGGGAAGGCUGAAUCAGAUGGUUCAUGUUCCUUUAAGUGUAGCUUAUAUGGCAUUUCAUGAUUGAAGAUGACUUCUACUUGUGGAUCAGUCAAUCCUUUGAUUCCUGAUGUCUCAGUUCAAGAAUCACCCAGAAAUGUACGAGGGUUAUGUUGAUUACCUAAAGAGAAUGACCAAAAUAUUGGAAGUGAAGAACCCAGAUUGACAUUACUUUUCCUUUGAAGAAGUGUCAAUUUACAAGAAAGACUGAGCUGUAGAUGAGAAGCAGGACAUAAGAGUUUUGGGAGUGGUCAUCGGAAAUGAGAAUGGGGAUCUUAUGGGUGCUUGUGCAGUCCCAGUGUUGGGAUCUUUCUCUCCCUUAACCACAGAACUGUUAGCUAUGAACUAUGAAGGCUGGUCUCCAUUUCGCUUUAGACGCAAGAAUAGUUCCAUUACUGGUCGAAACCAACUGCUCAGAAGCAGUGAAGUUUGUAAUCUCUUCUGAACCAUGCUGGUAAGAAAAUGGGCUGAUAGUAGAGGACAUAAAAGCUUUACGAUACUGGGACUGGGAAUAUCCUUUUCCAAUCUCGUGAAGCAAACAAAGUGACACACCUCAUUGGAAAGUUUCCUCUUAGUGAGCAAUCAUUUUGCUUUUGUAUUGAAUAUGGGAAUGACUUGUGGAGUUAAUUUACAAUGACUCAAACGUUUGUAAUCUUUCUUCUCAUUAAUGAGUGGCUAUGCAUUUUCAAA